AUGGCAUCUCGUGGUCGAAAAAUCCAAGGUUUGUGGCUACUACACAGUCAUCUACAUUUCACAAACACAGCCAAUACGGUGUCGUUUCCAAUUUAAAACAUGCACAGCAAACAGCUAGUUGUCUUCUUAUUUCUGAUAGCGUUCUAAAAAGUUAAGUAAAGUCGGGUUUUUCAACCUUUAUUGUCAAUUGUAAAGUCAAUCUUAAUAUAAUAUUAAAAACUUAAUGGUUACGUAUGAUUCAUGUGAUCUGUGACUACUUUCGAAGGUUUCUUUAAUUUUAUUGCAAUCUAGUAUUACUCGACGUUAAAUUCGUCGUUUUAGCGGUUUUGCUUAAUUUAGAAUCGCAGCAGUGCUUUAAUGGAAGUAAUAUUUUCUUUGGUUUCCUUCUCUGCCGCAAAGGAAAGUCGUAUGGUCAGAAGAGACCACCACUAACACACAUUCUAAGAAGCAUCCUUGAAAGAUAUCCAGAUGGAGGACAAAUCUUAAAGGUACUUUCACAAUUUUCUCCUCUAGGAAAUAUUUCAGCAGCAUCACAAGAGUGUUAGCUGGUAACUAGACGAAGUACACAAUAUAGGGCAUAAUAAAUUAUAACAACAAGAAUCUUUGCUAUAAAAGACCUACAAGCCCUACGCUAAUUUAAACAUCUCGGAUGCGAAAUGAGAAUUUGUGGACUUGCAAAUCCUGUCAAGUUACAAGCCAAAAUAUUAUUGCAACGUUAUGAGCUGAUAAAUAUCUCUAAUUCUUUGAACAGAAAUUUAAUAAACUUAGCGGUUAACAAAUUUCAUCGCUGAAGUUAAGCUAGGAGUAAGACUUUUGAUUCUCUUAUCCAGAGGACAGCGUCUACGCCUACUAGCUCCUACGUCUUGAAAAAAGAGUAAGGGGCCUGAUUCUGAGACUGUGAAACCCGUUUCCCCAAAAGAGCGAAUUUGGUGAUUUUGUUUCACACUUCAUGUACGGCUUUUACGGUUUUACUUGCUAUACCUAACUUUCUAAUGUAGCCAAAGCAAAAACGACUUGCAAAAACUCCAAAUUCGUUUUUAUAAAAGCUUCAGAAAUAAAUAUCGCCUUGCACUGGGAAAAUUUUUUGGAAAGAGUUUUCAUUUUAAUGGUAACAACAAAGGAUUUUGUCAAAAGACGCAAAACUGAGUUAGAAGGACAAAGCCUCCAGAGUAACUCAGUCUAUGGGUGGAAGGGUUGAACGGACACAUUGAAUAAUCUGUUUUUUAUACACGCUGCUUUCAGCGUGAAGACUUAAAAAAGAAUGACUGAAUUUAAGGCAAAACAAGUGAUUAAAAGUACAAAUACGUACCAAAAACCCUGCUCAUUGAACAACUCGAAAAAUGCAGUUGAAAGAAGGUCGCUCGAUCUUAGGGCCAUAGGGACUGGAAUCCCAUUUUAAAAGCUUCACGCUUAGGAUUCCAGUUACACUGCAUUUUCAUAUGAAAUACUGUCAGCUUAUAUUGAAAUCAGACUUACUUUAGAAAACCUUAAAUAAUCCAGUACUCAAUUUCUAUCUUCACCAAACGAGAACUUAAACUUUUCAGUGCUCUCUCAAAACGAAAAAAAUCCAGUGUUAACGUCUGAAUUAUGGCUCAUACAAAUCCAUAUAAGGUGAAACUGUCUACAGCCGGUAACAUGUACACGAAAGCGUGGUCGUCGACUACGUUUGUUUAUCUUAAAAAGAAACCAAAACAGCAAUAUUAACAUGUGAUUUUCUUUUCGCUCAUAGCAUGAACAAGGCCAUACAGAGUAAUGCAAUAAGAAAGCCUUGGGCAUCUUGGGCAUCCUCAACGAUUUCACUUAAAUGACUGUUUGAUUUGUUGCAUUACAGGAAAUUAUCCAGAAUGCGGAUGAUGCCGGUGCCACUAAAGUGUCAUUCCUUCUUGACUCCCGCCCAAAUUUCUAUGGAAAGAACUCCUUGUAUGAACCUAGUCUUGCAAAAUUCCAAGGGCCUGCCUUGUAUGCGCAAAAUAAUGCUCUAUUCGAGGAAGAAGACUGGGAGAACCUGGAGAGACUGAUGAGAAGCAGUAAGAAGGACGACCCCUUGAAAGUGGGUCGCUUUGGAAUAGGCUUCAACUCUGUUUACCACAUGACGGGUAAGUACAAUAACCAGUGUUUAUCUGACACUUCCUUGCCUGGUAAGGCCUCAAAGUACCCAAGGUACUUCAGAUUUAGUGGCACACCUCAUGAAGCCAUUACUGGUGACUCCUCACAAACACAAUACCCUCGUUUCCCCCUUUUCUGUACGUCAGGAGGUAUUUUAAGCUUGGUCUUUUCAUUGGAGGCCGACGAUGACGGGCUGGGAUGUUGGCAGCCCCUUUGCCAGGUUCUAUACAACCAAAUAACUGCAAUGUUAGUAAUAAUAUGGAUACUAGACACUCUCCUUAUUGUCUCACGAUCCAUAUAAAUCAUGCCAGUUCGGAAUAAGCGAGCUUUGAAAUAAUGUCAUCACUAAGUGAGUUAUGACAACGUUAAAUUGAAAGACGAAAGAAAUUAUUUUAUUACAGAUUUUUUUUCAUAAUAGCCUAUGAGACAUAUAACCGAGUUAGCAUUUCUGUUGAAGUUUGAUUGGUUCAUAUCGGCAUCCUGCUGAUCCAUGCCAUUGAAAAUUUAUUUUUUUCAAGACUGAUCAAAAAUCUGAACAUCAGCGCUUUUGAGUUUUAGAAAAAUUAUAGAAUGUGCGUGACUUUUUUAUGAGGGCAGCUCGAUCCUUAACUUUUAAUUUGAUACUAAGAAACUUCUCUCCAUCACAUUCUUAGAUCUCCCAAGCAUAGUGAGCGGAGACACAAUAGCAUUCCUUGAUCCUCACGAAACACACUUUGGAAAAGCAGAAACGGGCCAACAAUUUUCCCUCGAAGACCAGCUUCUCCAAGACUACCGGGAUCAGUUUAAGCCAUAUGAAGACGUCCUAGACUGCAAGAUUUCGAGGCAAUAUUACAGUGGAACUUUAUUUCGUUUUCCCCUUCGAAAUGAGCCUUCUGACUUAUCGACAAAGAAUUACACAGCGGAGAAAGUUCGAAAGUUGUUUCAUGCGCUAGAAAAGGAAGCCUCUGUUAUUCUCCUUUUCCUAAAGAAUAUCGAAGAAAUAGCUUUAUUUGAAACCGAUCAAUCUAACACUACGAGGCAGGUGUUUAUCGUGAAGCUGAGCGACAGAUGCAGACAAGAGAUUCGACAAAAGAAGAAAUCACUUUUAAAGGAAAUAAAGUUGUUAAGCCAAGGGUCGGUCAGUAAAACAAACAUUUCUCUAACCUUAGAGAUUGAAGAAUGCUCUGCAAAAGGUAUAGUGCUGCCUCACAAGUGGCUGGUUUACCAUCAAAUCGAUGCUCAAGACUCAAACCUCCAACGCUUGUCUUCCGAAUUAGGCCUACUUCCGUGGGUUGGAUUUGCUACCCCUUUGGUAGCAUCGCAACGUCAAGCACUCUCCUCAAAUGGAGGGAGACUUUUCUGCUUCUUGCCGCUUCCACCGGAUGCUGACUCAAAAACUGGAUUUCCAGUUCAUGUUCAUGGCUACUUUGGUUUAACGGACAACCGACGAGGGCUUAAAUGGCCAGGCCUGGACUGUCAAAAUGAUCCAACCGCUGAAUGGAAUGUACGGCUGUUGGAGCAAGUUGGAAGUCAAGCAUACGCCUUCAUGUUGGUUGAUUUGGUUGACAAACAGAUGAACGAGCCCGGUGAAAUGUCGAUAAAAGCAGAUUUAUUUUACCAAUCCUGGCCAAACCUUCUUAGUGUGGAAAAUCACUGGAAGAGGAUGUUGAAGCCUAUGUUCUCGAUUUUGAAGGAGAAGACUGUCUUAUGGUCCCUAUCAGGCAAGUGGGUUAGGCCUCAAGACGCUUAUCUUGACAGAAUAAACAGCUCCCGUGAAAUUAAGCAAGUGGUUUUAGAAACAUUUACUCAAGCAAACGAGUCCGUCGUAACAGUACCACACCACGUACUUGAAGUGAUUGACAAUAUGAAAUGGACCACACUUACCAUCACGCCUUCAUUCAUGAGGAGUCUUUUGAAAAAGAAACAGAAGGGAUCGUGGAAUAUAAUGAGUGUUCCCAAAACGAAGAAGCUUAAGUUACUAGAGUACGUUCUCCAAGACGACAACCUGAUGGAUAUGCAGGGCAUACCUUUACUUCCCCUGGCAAAUGGAAGCUUUGGCGAAUUUCGUUCACUUCAAUACAACCGCGACUCUCGGGCUGCUGUUUAUGUUUCAACAACAAGGCACCCACGUUCUCUUUUCUACACCAUGGACAGCAAAUUUCUUGAUGACACCGUUCAGUGCCCUGCCUUAGACAAAUUGUCAAGGGCCGCUUUUGACGUAAGAAACACGCAAAAGACAUUGCCGAUGCAACUUGUGAAGAUGAAUCAAACCAUUGCGCUCAAUCUUCUACGACAGGUGUUACCACGAGAGUGGUUUCAAGUCGAGCAUCUUGCUUGUUGGUACCCGGGACAAAAUGGACAUCCUCCUGAGUCUUGGUUGCCGUCUGUGUGGACAUGGAUCCAAAGGGAUUUUCCCAGUGACCUUUCGCCUCUUGAGGGCUUUCCUCUUAUCCCCCAGACAAACUCAGGAUGCCGCACCAUAGUGAAGCUAAAAUCAUCGAGCCUAGCAAUUAAGAAGAGCGACCAAAAUCUCCACUUACCGCAACAGAUAGUCUCUUUGCUGAAAAAGAUUGGGUGUGUUGUUAUCGAGAAUCUUCCGCCAUUUGUAAAUCACGUAUCUUUACACAAGUACAUUGCCUCUGCUGUUCCUACCGGCGUCUUGAACGUCUUACAUGCUCUUGGUCAACAAACAUGCGUUAUGAAGAUUUCAGCAUCGUGUUCUGCAGAUGAAAAGCGAGCCUUGCGUGAGUACCUUUCGUCGGCGUCUUUAAGUUCCAAUCAAAAGGACCUUCUUCAACACCUGCCAAUUUUUGAUGCGGCUGAUAGAAGAUCAUUCCUUGCGCCGAAGGAGGGAUUUCAUGUUCGCACAGUAGCUCCAUUUAACUUUGAACUUCCCGACUCCUUGCCACUUCUGAAUGCCUCUAACAUUAUAAUCCCAAGGGAUUACCAGUCACGCGCCCUACUGCAAAAUCUUGGAAUCCAGGCGAUGACUCCAACAGCUUUCCUAUCUUCAGUGGUCUUUAAUGGAAUAUUAAACGGCUACUACAAUCACCAACAGAUUUCUACUUUGAUGAUCUGGGUUUUGAGGCAAUACAACUUUAUGCAAGAUCUCUCAUUCCGUGCAUCACUGCAACAGCUGCCUUUUGUCCUUACCCAGAGUAAAAGAUUAGUUACUCCUUGUGAAGUUCUUGAUCCGAGGCAACCUGUUUUGCGACAACUUUUUGAAGGGGAGAGCGAGAUAUUUCCUCAUGAAGACUUCGUAAAGGAUGACAUUCUUCAGAACCUGCAGCAACUUGGAAUGAGGAGCUUCCCAAAUGCAACGGAUAUUAUGUACGUCGCUAAAACAGUGCAAAAUUUUGCGGACGAUGUUGCAUCGCGUAAAGCAUUGGCGCUCCUGGACUUUCUCGAUCAAAAUUCAUCGAUGUUAAAGUCAGAAUGGGUUGUUCAAGGACUAAAGAAUGAAAGAUGGAUCCAGCAAAAGAAGGAUCGUCCUCCUUCGUAUCCCCGUUCCAUGCCUUGGUUUGUGGGCAAAGCAAGGUUCUAUAAACCGGCCGAAGUUCGCAGCCAGUCAAAGGCCUACCUUUUUGGAGUUUCUUUUCCCUUGGCCACUAAGCUCUGCAGCAAUGCACUUGAGGUUGCCUUCGGUUGGAGACAGUUCCCUACCGUCCAACAGCUUCUUCAACAGCUCCGCUCCGCGUGCUUUGGACCAAUUAAGUCAAUGAAUGGGAGCGAAAGACAUAAUUUUCAAGCAAUGCUUAAAGAGAUCUAUCAAGAAGCCUCAAAGGACGCUGAUCUCGUCAUUAACAUGAUAAAAAAUGAUCCCACAUUUCCAGCAUGGAUUUGGCAUGGUCAUGGCUUUACGUUGCCAUCCGAUGCAGCGCUUGUACGAUCCUGCAACAUCGACCUCAAGCCUUACCUUUUUGAGGUUCCACAAGACUUUCAUACAUUUCGUCCCUUUCUUCGACGAUGUGGAGUUCGUGAAACAUUUGCGAUUUCAGACCUGCUGAGAGUUCUUGCAAUGGUUAAAGAAAAACACGACAGAAGUAGCGUGCGUGUUAAUGAUGUAGCAGACGACCAGAAACUAUCAUGCGAUAUUCUCCAAUGGAUAGUACGAGAUGGGAAACCCCUGGAUUCAGAACUUCGGCAACAUCUGCUGGUGCCCAUUAUGACCUGGGAUAACACCUUGAAGUUACUCCCGUGCCGUGACUGUACCUUCUGUGAUGCGAUCUGGUUAAAGAAAGGAGGAUCGGAAAUUCCCAUCAUAAGUCAAUUUCCUAUGAUCCAUGACACAAUUUCUACAAGAGUUGCUCAGUUAUUGGGUGUCCCACCAAUUAGCACACGUGUCACUUGUGCAGAAGCACUUGGAAUCGAACAGACGGGUCCUCAUGAGCCAGUAACUACCAGACUUCGUAACAUCCUGAACGAAUACAAAGAAGGUGUGGGAGUUUUCAGAGAACUUGUCCAGAAUGCAGAUGACGCUGGUGCAUCCGAAGUCCAAUUUGUUCUGGAUUGGCGCAACCACCCAACGAAAAGGCUUCUAGCACCUGGGAUGGCAGAUUGUCAAGGUCCAGCACUACUGGUGUAUAACGAUGCAGUCUUCACGGAUGAUGAUUUGAAGAAUAUAUCGAAAUUGGCAGGUGCAACAAAAAAAGAGGACCUUGAGAAGAUAGGCCGCUUUGGUCUCGGUUUCAGUUCUGUGUAUCACUUUACAGAUGUGCCGAGUUUCAUUACCAGAAAUUAUGCCGUAUUCUUUGAUCCACAUACAAGCCAUCUGCAAGGGCACAUAGAGAAUCUUUCUAAGCCUGGAAUAAAAUUGGAUCUGGAAGUUAACCCGGCAAGUUUAAUGUACUUUCCUGAUCAGUUUGCACCUUUUAAUGGACUGAUUGGUUGUGAAACGAAUUUGUCGCGCAUUCAUAGUAAGUUCUAUUUCGAAGGCACUCUGUUUCGAUUUGCCUUUCGAACAAAGAAAGGAGAAAUCAGCGAUAAGAUUUACAGUGAGGAGGAGAUUCAACGCCUUGUUCGUUCUUUUGAGAAAUCAUCAUCAAGUCUGCUUUUGUUUACCCAACACGUUAAAAAGGUGACGUUUCUGGAGAUAAAAAAGAAUUCUAUCGGUCCCACAUCUCAACAAGUUCUGUUCGAAAUUUUCAAGGAAACAAUCGACCUUCACCAAGGAGAGAAGAGAUGCAGGAAUGCACCUACCUUUCUUCAGUCGUGUGCGAAGUGGACAAAGCAAAAGACUGGUCAGAGUAGUCCUCUGAAUAAGACUCCACCCUCUCCAAAGCUGUCAGAGUUAGUAACGAUUUCUUUAAAGGCUAUCAGUGACAAGGGAAUGGAAACUGAAGAAACCUGCACCUGGCUUGUCACCUCUUCUCUGGGAACUGGACAAUCAUUUCAACUGGCAAAAAGCGAAGAAGGCCGAAAACAAGGGCUGCUAUCAGCUUCUGGAAUAGCUGGGAGGGUUGCCGUUAAAAAUGACAAAGAGAGCUUUUCGAUUCUGGAGCCUGUUUGUGGAGAAGUCUUUUGUUUCCUACCACUUUCUAUCCCAAGUGGCCUACCAGUACACGUUAACGGUUACUUUGCAGUCACGUCAAACCGUCGAGGGAUUUGGGAAAGUACCAUAGCCGAAGGUGAGGGUUUUCAACCGUUAGAAGUGAGAUGGAACAGACGCCUUAUGGAGGAUGCAUUAUCGGAAGCCUACAUAAAGUUUUUAGAGGAUAUCAUUCUCAUGCAAAAGAAAGGAAAGAUUCCUUUAUGCGAAAGUUUCUCACUUUGGCCCAACCCGGAUACACUUGAAUCAUCCGUUUGGACAACGCUUGUUAAGAGCGUUUAUCAAAGAAUCAGCAGCUCAGAACUUCCCUUGGUACACAUGGAAGGAAAGUGGCUUCCAGUAAAGCAGUGUAUAUAUCAAGAUGCCAAAUUACAAAAGCUUCGAAACAGUGAAAAAGUCCUUGCAAUGUUUGGCUACAAAGUAGUGCAGCUUCCUACCUUCGCAAAGAAAGGUUUUGACUUGGCUGGAUGUAAGCAUAUCAUAGAAGAGCGAACAAUGUCACAAGAAAAGUUUCUGAAGGAGGUUUUUUUCCCUAACAUAACUAGGAUUCCUGGUAAUUUACGAGAUCCCAUUGUUUUUCACAUGAUAGACCAAUGUCUACUAGGACACUCGCGUAAUCAAUCUGACCCUCUAAGAAGCCUCUACAGGUCCCUUCUUUCAAACAACCAAUGCAUACCCUGCGGACAAUGUGCUGAGGAUUUAGCAUUUCCAAAGGAACUUGUUAAUCCCUAUGGUGCCGCCGCAAUGCUGUUCACACCAGAUGACAAACGUUUCCCCGUCGGCACGUGCUAUCGAAGCAAAGAACGCCUUCUAAUGCUUCACAACCUGGGAAUGGUCAAUGACGUCCUAGACUGGAGCACCCUGCUUGAAAGAGCUAAGACGGUACCACUUCUUUGGAAAAGGAAAACUGAGCAAGACGCUCGAACGAGGGUUUCACGUCUUGUGAACUACAUAAAUGCCAAUUUUACAGAACUUGAGGUCCCGUCAAAACCAGUCCAGACAGAGCUUAGAAGAAUCAGAAUGUUUCCUGUCCUAAAAAAGCCUGCAAACUACCCAAUCAAAUGGAAAGGGUCCAGUGAUGGCGACGUUUUGCUUCCAGCAGAUGACAUGUAUGGCGAGGAAUUUAAGUUUGUCGUAGGAUCAUUAAGAGCGAUCCUUGACGAAGGCGAGAGUCAUGGUUGUGGACAGCUCAGCAAGGUAGCACGACAUCUCUUUGGAUUCAGCUGUCGUAUACCAACGGUCCAAGAAGCCCUUGCUCAACUGAAUCAAACCAUUGAAAUUGCCCAAGACGAAUCAGCUGCAGGUCACUACUUGGAAGAGGUUUGCCAUAGUAUUUAUGGCUACCUUCAAGAGCUUCUCUCACCUGAAGGGGAUGUCAUUGUUCGGGAGUUGGGCAACAAACCGUGGAUUUUAAUCCAGGGUAAAUUUCUUUCACCUGCUCAGCUCGCCUUUACUUGGAAAGCAAACGGCCAACCUUACCUUUUCGAAGUACCACAGACUCUUGCUGAGAACUACGGACGCCUUCUCCGUGAGACAGGAGUAAGAGACAGUUUCGGUCCAACGGACAUCAUCAGUACUCUUUACAAGCUCAGUGAGUCAAGCCAUGAUACACCCUUGUCACCUGCGGAAUUUAGAGUCACACGAUCUUUGAUUGAAGAGCUACUAGAAGCUCCAGAAAUUGUCCUUACCAUGGAAAAUGGUAACAUCCCUCUACCGGACCACAAUCUGGUUCUACAUCCAGCAAAGGAUUUAGCCAUUAACGAUGCGCCAUGGGUGACUUCAAUGGGGGAUAUUGCAUAUGUCCAUGAGCACGUGCCUAUUGAAUUUGCAUACAAGUUGGGGGCAAUCGACAUUCGAUCAAAGAAACUAGCUAAAAUAUCACGUCCCAUCGGAAAACCAUUUGGCCAGAGGGAGGAGCUUACCGAUCGUUUAAAAGGCAUCUUAAAGUCAUACCCUUGUGACGUUGGAAUCUUGAAAGAACUCGUUCAAAACGCUGACGAUGCUGGGGCCACUGAGAUACACUUUAUUUAUGAUCCCCGAAACCAUCCCACAGACCAGCUGUUGAGCGACAACUGGAAAGAAUUACAAGGACCUGCCUUGUGCGUUUACAACAACCGACCCUUCUCCGAACAGGAUUUGGAUGGGAUACAGAGAUUAGGAAUUGGAAGCAAAUCUGAAGAUCCAACAAAGACAGGACAGUAUGGUAUUGGUUUUAACGCAGUAUAUCACCUCACUGAUUGUCCAAGUUUCAUUUCAAACGGAGAGACCCUUUGCAUCCUUGAUCCUCACUGUCGCUAUGCUCCUGGGGCGACUAAAGAGAAUCCAGGACUACUCAUUGGACCAAUUCGGCAAGAAGAACGAUUCGAUUACAGAGACGUAUUUCCUUGUUAUCUGGAAGAUCAUUUCGAUUUAACAUCUGCUACAAUGUUCCGUUUCCCCCUCAGAAACCAGGAAAUGUCUGUGAAUUCAUCGAUAUCGAAAGAGCGAGUUUCUCAUGAUAACAUGGCGACAUUUAUGAAUCUGUUUACCGCUGAAGCUAAAGAAAUACUCCUUUUUUUGAACCAUCUACAGAAAAUAACACUUUCUAAAAUUGAAGAGGGACAGCUCAGAGCCAUAUACUCGGUUUCUGUUCAGUUAACAGAUGAGGAUACCACAAAACGUGCAAUGCUUGCAGAACACAUCAAGAACUCCAAAUCGUCCGAAACGAAGAAUAUUCAACUGCUCGGAAUUACAUACUCCCUGAAGAUAGAAGACACCAUUCGAGAAGAGAAAUGGAUCAUUCAUCAGUCUGUUGGUUUGAAGGCCAAUGAUUUAGAUGAAAAUGUUCCGGACGGUCGGCGAUAUGGUCUUUUACCUCGAGGUGGCGUAGCAGCCAAGGUAUCAGAAAAGUCAAAGGUUCCAUUUUCAUCAUCAUUUACCAGGAGGUUGGAGACUAAACACAAAGCGUUCUGUUUCUUGCCAUUACCAUUAUACACCGGACUUCCCGUUCAUGUUAAUGGUCAUUUCUACCUUGAUCCUGCCCGACGUAAUUUGUGGUGUGAUGAAAAUGAAAAAGGGUUUGCAAGCACGUGGAACCGUUUUCUAAUGACAAAGGUUUUGGCUCAGGCAUACGUCUCGCUGAUGUUGGUGGCUCGUGAUUUCCUACCUGGGAUGAAAACGGAUGAAGCAGGUUGCUUUUCCAAAGAGUACUACGUCCAUGAGGGAAUGCGUUGGUAUCAUCAACUCUUUCCUCAUUUUGAUUUAGUCUCAAGUCAGUGGACCAUUCUGGCAGAGUCGGUAUUUCGGAAGAUUUCCAGUCAAGAUGAAAGGUUAGUCCCCAUGGUAAAGAAAGAACCCUAUCAGAUAUCGCUAGACUGUCAACCUGAUAGUCAAAUGUCAAGUGCAAAUAGCGGUAAAGAUUUGACGCGGUGUUAUUGGCUAACUCUGUCACAGGGUUUCUUUAACACCAUAAAGAUUGCAACUAAAUCAGAUGUCAAAUUUUUCGAGACGUUAGUGCAAAUGGGCUUUAAGCUUCUCUACUCGUCCGAAAGACUUUUCAAUGACUUCAGAAAGGCAGGUGUAAAAGUAAGGCAGAUUCUUCCAGAGAGUGUUCUCCAAUUUCUUAAAGAAAAUCCAGCUAAUGUGGGAAAACUUCCUUGUCACGUCAGCAAGACGAAACUUGAGUCGGUGGUAGGUGUGCUUAGUUUUUUAACGUACUGCAUGAAGGCUCCUAAGUUUGCGGAAGAAAUGUUUGGAUUACCUUUGUUGCUGACAGAGGACAGCGUUCUCAGGUGUUUUCAAGAAGAUAAAGCAGUGUUUCUGAGCCUUUUUGCUGAUUUGGUGCCUAACGAAAGUUUCCGCUUUAUCCACCACACUCUUGCUAAAACUUUACUUCGCAUCGAGGAAGAAAUCGUCGCCGCAGAUCAAAGCGUACUCAAGCAAUUUGACCUCUCCGCGUUAGCGUCACUACUCCCCAGCAAUGAAAGUGCCAGUUGGUGUCCAACAGAUGACAUCGUUACGUGGGAUAUCUCCAAAGGGCCUUCAGAAAAAUGGCUACGAAGACUUUGGGAGUUCAUAAUCAAGGCUCACAAAAAGAACCCGACGGCGUUUUCUCUUGACCCCUUGAGCAAAUGGCCAGUCCUACCCACCAAGUCGGGCAAGUUAGCUCCUCUCUCAAAAGGAAAAGUUAUCCUUGACUUGACGAAUCCAGAAACGUGGUCUUCUGGCCAAGAACACGUCGUAAGACUGUUACUUACACUUAAUUGCCAAGAGGUUGAUGCCAAACUGAUCAGCAGUAGCGACACGCAGGAUGUGUCGCCAAUAUUCAAACAGUAUCUAUCUCAACCAAACUCUUCGGAGGAUAUUCUCAGUGUGCUAGACCACGUGAUGAAAGAAACGGACAUAUCUGGGAAGCUAUCUGGCGAUGAUAUGAUCUCUAUUUUGCAGUUCCUCCAAGAAGAUGUAACGUCGUUGAAAAGGAGCCUGCAUUUAUCAACUUUAAGGCGACUGCCAUUUUUCAAGACGUUUCAUGGAUUAUUUGUCAACCUUGAAAAUGUUUCGUCAAUUUAUGUCGUCCCAACAGGGCUACCUAAGAAGGAAUCAGAUGUCUGGAUGACGGGGAAUAACUGUUUGUUCUUGGCACCUGAACCAAGGCUUAACCGCCUGUAUCAAGAGCUAUUAGGUGCAGGGGAGAAGACUCACACAGACUGUUACAUCAACUUCAUCUUCCCAAAGUUUCCAGAGCUUAAGCAAGAAACUCGAAUGCUUCACCUAAACUACGUUAGACGAUUUCUACUUCAAUCAUUCCUCAAUGAAAGCCAACGUCCUAGGAUAAUACAUUCUUUACAAAGCUUAGCUUUCAUUCCAGACGCGUCUGGUAUACCGCGCACAGCGUCUCAUUUUUAUGACCCAGGGGUGAAAGUUUUUGCAGUGAUGUUGGGUCCAAAUUCAAAGCCACCACAACCAUUUGAUGAGCAUUCUGGCUGGCUAGCACUCCUUCGUGAAAUUGGGUUGAAGCAAGAAGUAAGCAAAGAUCUCUUUUUAACUUUUGCCAACGAAGUGGCAACACAAGGAGGACACACAAACAAGUCAAGUCGUCCUGCGUUAGAAAAGAAGUCUAAGGCGCUGGUAAAACACCUUUUGAGGGAGGAGUCUCUACAUGAUGAAAUAUUCCUAUACAAUCUCUCUACAAUCAAAUUUGUUGCCUCUCAAAAGGCAAGUGAUGAGCUAGUCAUUCUUCACAAACAGUAUUUAGUUGACAGUGGAAAUAAGGAGCAGCUUCCACCUUUUGCUCAUUUUAAGAAUUCAACACCACAAGCUUUUGAGAGGCUGGUUUGGACAACAGCGUGUCUUUUACCUCUCUGGGCUGUUCCGGACAACAAGUCUUUAAAGCUUUCAAAACUACAAGUUUGCCAGAAGCCCACUUUAGAUCAAGUCGUGGACAAUGUGGUAAAUCUGUCAAGGAAUCUUGCUGAGAGAGAAGAUCGAGAACAACCAGAACCACGACGUCGACUGCUAAGUCAAGUUAUGGUUGAAGUGUAUACGUUUCUCUCAAAAUCGAGCAAUUGCGGGGCAAAGGAUUCUUCUGAGUCACACACACCAGCCUGUGUAACAAUCACCGAGCGGCUUUAUUGUAGUCCUUGCAUUCUUGUAGAAGGUGGGCGCGUUUUCGUUCGCUGUGACCAGUUGGCCUAUGAUCUUGAUGAAGAACUACCUCCAUAUCUAUAUAGAGUCCCCAGAGAAUACGGAGCUUUCGAGCACUUGUUCAAGCGACUCGGAGCAAUGGAAAAAGCAACUCCGGUGCAGUUUGCAAAACUCCUGAAUCGUCUUAAAGAGUCAUGUGGUGAAGAGGAGAUGCAUGCCAACGAGAAGACAAUCGCAAAGCAUGCUGUGUUUGGCCUUUUUUCUACUUUAUGGGCCUGGCAAGAGAAACAUAAGGAGGAAAAGAGAUGCCCAGACAAUCCUCUUUCUGCCAUCAAGAGGCUCUAUCUUCCAAACGAACAACAAAAACUUCAACGUUCGACAGAUUUGGUCUUGUUUGACUGUCCUCGGUACCGUGGCCGCGUCCGGGAAUGCAAAUAUCAGUUCCUCGAUAGCUUAACGAAAUAUAACUUAAAUUUUGCUACUCCUGCACAACUUGUUGAGGUUCUACCAAUUCACCUGCAAACAACAUCGUUGGCAUCACUAGUGAGGGAGCAACUUCAACCGGACUGCAAAGAUAAGAAGUGCCGAGCUGAUGUGGAGCAGAAAUGCCAAGCUACAAAUCUACUUCGUCAAGUAGUCUUUUCACCUCAGCUUGUGGAUGGUGUUUUGAGAAUACUUAAGUACCAGUUUCAGAAAGCCAAGUUGGACGAGAAAGUUCGCAACAAAGUUUGUAGCUUUCAAAAAGAACUAGGCAUGAGUUGCAUGGAAGUAUUGUCCACUGAAUUAAUAGAGAUUGAAUCAAAUACAUCGAUCCCAAAGAGCCAAAGUUCGAAGCACAUUCAGUGUUUCGUGGGUGAGGAAAAUGGCACAAAGCACAUAUUCAUCAAACAUGGCGCCGAUCCUAGUAACGUUCGCAGGGUUCUGUGUAAAGAGAUAAACCAACUGACUGGAUGUUACAUUAGUGAAGAAAGCUGGCUGCAUCUGGCCGCCAUUUUAGACUGCAAAACACCCGACGACAUUCCAUCCACUUUAGACAACGCUGAUGUGGCAGAAGACGUGGAGGGGAGUGCCACACAACAAUUAGAACCAGACCUUGGCUCGGUAGUUCCAGAAGAAUUACACUACCUUCUUGUACAAUUUGACGAUUUUUAUUUUCGGACAGGAGAAUUUGUUGCGUUUGAAAGGGAAGACUCCACAGAUGAAGAACCAAAGUACAUCUACGCAAGGAUCAUCCACCUCAUCAAAACGUCACAUCCUGUCAAACCGAAAAAGGAUCGGACGAAGAGGAAGCAAAAAGGAGAAAACAAUUAUCUAAGCAGGUAUCUGAUAGAUAUUGGACAGGAGAGAAAGGAGGUGGAUGUGUUAAAUCUGUACAAGAUAAAGAGGCCACCAAAACAGAACCUUGACGACGAGGAUAAAAUGCAAAAUGAACCUGUUUCAGAGUCAAUGGAGCUUGUGCCUUACAGUGGGAAUAGUGAACAAAGCAAGAAAUCUAAAGCGCAACCGUCGGCAUCAUCCCAAGGUGCAGCAGAAAGCCCCAAACCGACAACGUUGGAAGAUGCCUUUAAAGAAGUUCGGAAAGCCUUGAAAGAAAUCUGGAAGCUUCCAGAGGAUAAGAGGAAGAAAGCUCUAAGACGACUCUACCUCCGCUGGCAUCCGGAUAAGAACAUGGACAUGCAAGACAUUGCAAAUGAAGUCAUGAAGUUUAUUCACAACGAAGUUGACCGAUUAAAUAAGGGCGGGUCAGGAAGUCAUGAAGAUGACUUUGCGGGCGCACGGCCAGAUUUCUCGGACUUUUUUAGGAACUGCAAUCAGAGGGCUCGGCGAGAGCGUUCAAGCUGGGAGAACUUCCGUCGCAGCAAUCCUGGUUUCUCAGGCUUCGCGUACUCGUCAUCAUCCAGGAGACGUUACACAGGACGCGACCCUACCCUGUCUAGGAUUUGGAUGAGUCAAAGCAGAGAGGACCUUCGUUCCGUGAAGCACCUCUUGACCGCUCGAGAUCCACUGUACUACCUAGUGUGUUUCCAGUGCCAUCAAGUUGCCGAGAAAGCUCUCAAAGCAGCACUUUAUUCACUAUCAGGAGUCGCGGAGAGCCAGCUUAGCAGCCACGACUUGGUGAAAUUGGCCUUUGACUUGUCCUUGUUGCCAGGAGCCCCGGAUGUAACUCCACAGGUUGCCAAGCUGUCCUCUUAUUAUGACACCACUAGGUACCCCAACAAAUAUAGGCCAGCGAGGGCUCCAGCCGAAGUGUUCACAGAUUCUCAGCAAGCUCAAGAGGCCUUCUUAGUAGCCACGGAUGUCUUGGAUACGCUUGCACGGUGCUGA